AUGGCCGAACCCGAGGUUGUCAUUGACGCCAGCGAGAACAACACUCCCGCACCCACCCAGAGCCAGGACGUCGACAUGGGCGGCCAGGACGAGAGUACCCAGCCCGACAACAGCGCCGAACCGAGCACUGAGCAGCAGGAUGUCGAGCCUACUGGUCUCGAGAACAUUGAGCCCGAUCUCCCCGCCCGCCUCUCGGUUGGCAAGGACGACAAUGUCACUAUUCUGCACGCGCACCAGCGUCUCUUGGAGCAAAGCCCUAUUCUGGAGGAGAAGAUUGCUGCUUUCGGUGAUGCCGACAACCGUCGCAUUGAGCUGCCCGAAGAGGACAUGACCGCAACCGCCUGCUUCCUCGAGUUCCUCUACAAGAACGACUACUUCCCCACCCUCAGCGGCUCCUCCCUCGAAACCGACCCCGAAAUCCCCGUCCCAGACACUGAAGGCAUGGCCCUCUUGCGCCACGCCCGCGUCUACACACUAGCCCAGCGCUUCGGCGUGCCCGCCCUGGCAACCCUCGCCCACAANAAGAUCCACCUGACCCAAAGCACCGCCCGCGGCGAAAUCGAAUACGCACGCUACGUGUACGGCCACACCGAGACCACGGACGAAAGCAUCCGCAAGCCCGUCGCUGCCUUUUGGGCAACACGAUCACAUGUCCUGCGCCACGAGGCCGAAAAGGAGUUCCGCAGCAUGUGUCUCGAGUUCCCGCAAUUCGGUUUCGAUGUGCUUAGUUUGGUGCUGGAUAACCAGGAGAAGAGGACUGCGAGAUCGGAGACUACGAUUGGUGAUGGUCGCAAGAGACCUCGUGUCAGUGCUGUGUAG